AUCUUCCUUUGGCAACUUCUGGUGCGGCGAGGGCUUCGUGAGACUCCAAGCCAUCCCCGAAAUAUCCCACUUUAAACGCGUAUUAUAACAAAUUCCCACGACAUAAGAGGAGAAUGCCGCCACCAGCUACUGCUUCUGACCUCAUCUUCUCGGAACAAGCGAACCAUAACUUCUCCAAGACCCUGGGGGAUAUUAAACGCCAUACUCUCUCCAUCCACAACCGCCUCCAGUCGAUCCUCGUUGAUGCCUCUUUCGUUCAAAGUGUGUCAGAGGCCUACUGCCGCCCUCUAGUCGCCAAUGAACGCUGUGGAAGCUGGUAUAUUAACCCAGAGGCUAAAUCAGGGAGCGCAUACUUCAAAAGCACCGAUGGACAUACAGGUGUUUGGAAAUUUAGCACCCGGAGGUUGAACACACAUCUCCUGGAGUUGAUUGGAAGGGGUGAUGGGUAGGCGCAUAGGGAAUACUUGGGUUUGGAUACGAUACUAAAUCUUUGUAGAUGCAUCAUUGUAGAUUCUACUCGACGAGGAAAGAGUUCGUCAGUUCCUUCCAUUCAUUCAAGGGCGAGCUAACAUUACGACAGGAAUGCCAGAUGCCCUGAGCAAGACAAUUCCAAUUUGGUGUAGCGUCAUUAACCGCACCCUCUUCUCAGACAAGCCCGAAUACCACAACCUCUACACGCUGCCACAGGCUGUCUCGAGCUCUGAGCAUGCCCAGAUAGCGGCACGAUUAGAUGGCUUUGCAGAGUCCUUCGCUGGCCUGGGCAUCGACAUGAAACCGCUCAGAGAGCACAUAUCUAAACCGAUAAGACCGUUAUGGGUAACACCAGAGUCGGCGCUCCCUGUUGAGGAACAAGUGUUCAGCGAUUAUCACCCCGUCAUAUGCUGCACCGCAUCUCGGCGAGUUGCCGGUGGUGAAGUUAGUGAGGGGGGAUACAUUCAAGGCUCUGGGGAUGAUACUGAGAACUGGGCCUAUGGAUUGACUCCUACCGUGUUUUGGUCAAACAGUGAACUCCUACUUUCCACGCCGGAAUCUGAGCUCACGAGCUUGAUCACUGAGUUGGUAUCAAGAUUUUCCAACGCCAAUACUGGCAAGCCUAGCCCUACCCUUCUGCCACCGACUUCAUAUCUUUAUGUCACAUCAUUGACAUCUCUCGCAGCGCAACCCGCUAGCAGUAGCGACAUUAUUAUCACAAUUUGCCCCGAAAUUACAACCCCUGCAAGCUGGCAGAAAGAUAAACAUAGGCUGGAGAUUGGAAUUGGCUCUGGCAAAAUUGGAAGCCGCAAUCUACGAUCUGCUUUGCAUCAUAUGGUUGACUUCGUCAAGAGGUCACUCUCAACGGCCCCUGCUGAAACCAAUUCUCCCAGGAUUGUGGUGGCAUGCCCCGAUGGCAAAGAUCUCUCCAUUGGAGUGGCACUUGCUAUACUUUGCAUCCUGUAUGAUGACAGCGGUGGUUUGCUUGAACUGGGGCAGGAAGGUACAGAAAUAGACAAAGCCUAUAUUCGGCGGCGCCUAGGGUGGAUCAUGACAGCUAUGCCAGGUUCAAACCCAAGUCGCUCGACGCUCCAAAGUGUCAAUAGCUAUUUAAUGACAAGACCAAGUUAAACUAGAAAGGCAGAUAAACAUUGUAAAUAUUUACAUCUAGCUAGACUAGACUUCGAUUAUUAUGUGCUUUAGUAGUAUUAUGUUACUUCCUAAUAUUAGGCAGAAUCGUAGAUCGGCCUAUUUCAGCUUCAUAGCCCGACAGCAUGGCUAUGCUGCUCAGCCUAG